AUGGCGACGAACGCACUUCGUGUUCAGCCACAGCCGGGCCGUCUUCUUGGUCCCCAUCGCGCUCGCGCGUGCGCGGGAGGCAAUGAGGAGUCGUGGCUCGCGGAGGGCGAUGAACGCGAGCAGAGUCGGCGGGUCGCGCUCGCGGUCAAGCUGAAGUUUCAAACAUCGCAACCCAGUUGUACGACACCACUUCACGGCCGCGCUGGCGGCGUGAUGGAGAUGGCGACGACCGUGGAGAAGCGGCGAGGUGCUCGUGGCGCGCGGUCGGCGUCCUCGCCUCCCUCGCGGACGCGCGAUGCGCCUCGGAACGACGCGCGCGAGGCGCGGCGCGGCCGGAAGCGACGAUCCGGUUCGUGGACCAUCAUCGGCGCGAACGCGGCCGCGGGAGCCGUCGCGGGGACGCUCGUCAGCGUCGUCCUCCACCCCGUGGACACGAUCAAAGUCGCGGUGCAAGCCGACCGCGCGGCGAGGGAGCCGCUCACGAAGGUCGUGCGCAAGAUGCUCAGCGCGCGCGGGGUAUCGAGGCUGUACAGCGGCCUCUCCGCGUCGCUCGCGUCGUCCGCGCCCAUCAGCGCGAUCUACACCGCGGCGUACGAGGCCGUCAAAGCGAAGCUGCUGCCGAUGUUCCCGGAGGAGAGGAGCUGGGUCGCGCACUGCGUCGCCGGCGGGUGCGCGUCCGUGGCGACGAGCUUCGUGUACACGCCGUCGGAGUGCGUGAAGCAGCGAUGUCAGGUCUCGGGGACGUCCACGGCGUGGGGCGCGACGCGAGCCAUCGUUCGCGCGGAGGGGGUGUGCGGGCUGUACAAAGGCUGGACCGCGGUGCUGUGUCGGAACAUCCCGCAGAGCGCGAUCAAGUUUUUCGUGUUCGAGCAGCUCAUGCGCGCGGCGAGUCGAUCCGCGAGCGGCGGCGGAGGAGGAGGCGGCGGAGGAGGAGGCGGCGGAGGAGGCGGCGGAGGAGGCGGGCCGCUUCCGGCGCUCGUCGCCGGCGGCGUCGCCGGGUCCACCGCCGCGGUGUUCACGACGCCGUUCGACACGAUCAAGACGCGGUUGCAGACGGGUGGCGGCGGGCGCGGGGCCGUCGCCGGGGUGCUGCCGACGAUGCGGGACAUCGUCGUCAGCGAGGGCGUCGGCGGUUUAUACCGCGGCGUCAUUCCCCGGUUGUUCAUCUACGUCACGCAGGGCGCGGUGUUUUUUACCUCGUACGAAGUCGCGCGCCGCGCGCUGAUGCGUUUAGGCGGCGAGGACGAGGACGAGGAGGAGGACGUGGGAAGGGGAAGGAGGUAG